AUGAGGACGAGGAAGCCUCCGUGCCCGGUAGAGAAAGUGUGGGUAGACAAGCACAAGUACGAUGAAGCCGAGAGGCUCCACUAUGAGCGAGAGGCCUUGCUGGCUGCCGCAGCCCCAGAGGAAACCCAGGAGGUGGAGGCUGUGAACGGCGUCUGCAACGAUGACUCUGCUGAAAGUGAGUGCCCGAAAAGAGGCAGGAAUGGGAAGAAGCAGAAGAAAAGGAAGCGCUCUCCAAAACCCAAAAAUGUGCUCUCCAAGGUAGACUCUGUUCUCUCGGGCUUGUUAGCCGAUCACGUGUGGUUUGACAAGCCUUUCUAUGACCACGCGGAGAAUGUGUACAGGAAAAACAUAGUGGAUUGGCAGAACCAAGAGGCCCUUGAGACUCAACCACCUCCUGAGCAGGCUGCUUCAGUAGCCAGCUCGGAAGUUGCCCAAGAUGUUUCGAAGCCGAGGAUGUUCUCUGCAGCCCUGUCCUGCUCCCAUGGUACUCUGUCUGCAUGUCACCAUAUUGUUCAGGGCGUCUGGGUCAACAAGCUUGACUUUGAUAAGGCCGAGAAGACAUUCAUCGAAAAAUCCCAGUUCUUUGCUCCUCCGCACGUCCUGACCCUUCCAUCCGUGUGGAAU